AUGCCGUUACCACUCAGGCUGCCGGCCGUCUUGGCCUACACCGGCCUCUUCCUCAGCGCGUUGGCAACCUGCCAGACCAGCCCGGCGCAAACGUACGCAGAAUGCCAGAAAAAGACGGCAGAUGCGCUGUCUGGCUGUCCCGAGGGGACUCUGUACGUCAGCCAAAACGACACGAGCGCCAACUUCACCAGCAUCCAGGCGGCCAUUGCGUCCAUCCCCAACAACACGGACGCCUACACGAUCUUGAUUGGCGCCGGCGUCUACACGGAGCAGCUCAACGUGACCCGGCAAGGCCCGCUGACGCUGCUCGGCCAGUCGGACCGCCCGGCGAAUGGCGAGGCCUACUCGAACGUUUUUGGAUCCAAUGCCACGGAUCAAGCGGCCGUGAAUGAUGUCCAGAUCUAUUGGAACGCGGCCAACUUUAACAAGACGUUUACGGAUAAUGUAUAUACAGGCGUUUUGACAAUUGGCCCUACCUUGAACGCAACCUUGACGGGCUCGGGCCCUACAGGUUUUGCCGUGCCAGACGACACGCCCUUUGGCUGCUCAAAGUUUAGCGCGUACAAUAUUGACUUUAGAAACGAGCAAUAUCCGUACUCGAAUGGUCCCGCUCAUGCAUUGGGCGUAAGCCGUGCGAAUGCAGGGUUCUACUCGUGUGGUUUCUAUAGCUGGCAAGAUACCAUCUACAUUGGCAAGCUAGGCAACGCCUACUUUCACGACACCGUCGUGGCCGGACAAACCGAUUUCCUCUACGGCUUUGGCACGUUUUACAUUGCCAACUCGACGCUCUCGCUGCGGUCCUGCGGCGGCGGCAUCACGGCGUGGAAGGGCACCAACACGACCUUUGUCAACAAGUACGGCGUCUACAUUGCCGACUCGCAGGUCCUGGCCGCCAACACGAGCAUUGCGCCCGCCAUCGUGGACAAGUGCUCCCUGGGCCGCCCCUGGAACGCCGAGCACCGCAGCUUGUUUACCAAUACUUACUUUGACCCCAGCAUCCUUCCCGCUGGUUAUACCGAGUGGUCCGGGGCCACGAAUGGCAACAUGGGCGUGAACACCACCAUGGCCGUGUAUAAUGUGUACGGCCCGGGAUACGAUGCCGCAGCCGAGGAGGCCAGCAAUGUGACCAUUGUGUUUGACGAGGAGCAGGCUACGCCCUAUCUUUUGCCUGAGGACGUAUUCAUGACGGAGGACGGGAGUCAACCUAACAUUGCUUGGAUUGAUUUUGAUGGUGCAUCAUAG